AUGGACAACUUCAACCUCAACGCAACUUUCGCGCCCGAAAUCGACCCUGCCAUAAUGGCAGACAUGUUCGGCGAAGAUGGCCUUUCCCCUGCUGGCCAGCCAGGGCUGUACGAACAGGGCUACGGCCAGGAGUAUCCAGACCCUCCGGCUCAGGGGGAGUCGCGGUACCCGCCGCCGCCCCAGGCCGGCGAUUCGCAGUACGCUCAGCUUGCGUACGACCCGGCCCUCUACGACCAGCAGUACGRGAACACCUUCGCCACAGGAAACGAGCAAUACACGCAGGGCGUGUACCCGGCUUUCUCGGACGCCCCAUCCGAGUUCUAUGGUCAGCAGUUCGGUCUCUCCGCCGAACAGACAGGACCAUACCAGCAGCAGGGCUUCCAGCCGUAUGGAACCCCGGGCUUCAACGGAGACGUCCAAACUCCCAUGAAGGCGCCAAAGAAAGCUCCGAAGAAGCGUGCUUCCAAGAAAGCACCCAAGGGUGAGGAGGAUGACUUCAAAAUCACCAAGAAGUCCAAGAAAGCCUCCAAGAAGCGUGUCCGAGAGCCAACUCCUUCCGACGAUGACGACGACGUGGUUCCAACCAGCACCAGAACCUCCAGAAAGGCAUCGAAGAAGUCCUUCCGAGAGCCCACUCCCUUCUCCGAGGACGAGAUUGUCCCAGUCAGCUACAGAGCCUUCAAGAACGCAUCACCCAAGAACGCCGUCAAGAAGGAAGAAGKGAUCGACGAGAAGCCCAUCCAGACCCGUCCGACAACAUCCCGAAAGGAGCCAGCCAAGGCACCAGCUCCUGCAGUUGAGGACUACACCGACUACACACGCAUCACGAAGCUCCUUCCUUCCGCAACCGCCGCUUCUGCCACUCCCGAUGAUGCCUACAUCGAGUUUCUGGAUGCUCACCUCCCAUUCGUCAUCCUCCGAUUGGCGACCGUGUGUGUUGGCCUCUGCCGUGAGGAGAACGACCUCGACAAGUACGCCGCAGCCGAGAUGCUGGCUCAAUUCGCAGUCGAUUUCUUCGGCAAGGAGAUGUGGGACACGGCCACCCACCACUACAUCACCAUCUCCCAGGACGGCGACGAAUUCGAGCUCAUGAAGGCAUGCAUGGCUGAUUGCAUCGGCACCUUCAACGGAUUCUACAGCAAGGAGGUCGCUGCGUCGCUGCAGGAACAAGUCAUCGAGUGUGGAUUGUGGUACCAACAGCCGGCGGCAAAGUGA